AACUCCCAAAAAAAAAAAAAAAAAACACUCCCGAAGGUUGGGCAAAACACAAGUGCAAUAUGCCCUAAAAAAUUAGAGAAAAUUGUCAGUUACCCGGCCGAAACCAUUGUCCAGCUCUAGAGGCGAGUCUUGUGAACCCUCCACUGCCGCUGCCUAUUUUGAGAGGAAGAAUGGAGGAAGCGGGACGAGAGAAAGAGGUGGUGACACCAGGGGAAGUGCUGGGAAAGGCAUCCGACGUGAAGGCAGGGAGAGGCGCCUAUGUGGCGCCCCACAACAACUUGGUCUACGCUUCCCUCACUGGGUUUCGCCGCACCGUCUCCCCUCCCCCCGACCAGGAUCAGAGACCCACUGUGGAAGUAACUCAUCUCAAGGCCCAUGGUGUUAUUCCAGAACCGGGAUCCGUGGUUCUUGCCCGAGUUACUAAAGUGAUGGCUAAGAUGGCUUCAGCUGAUAUUAUGUGUGUUGGUCCCAAGUCUGUUAGAGAAAAGUUUACUGGCAUAAUUAGGCAACAAGAUGUUAGAGCAACUGAGAUUGAUAAAGUGGAUAUGCACUUAUCUUUUCGUGCUGGUGACAUUGUCAGGGCUCUUGUGCUGUCCCUUGGAGAUGCACGAGCUUAUUAUCUAUCAACUGCACGGAAUGAAUUGGGUGUGGUGUCUGCCGAGAGUACAACAGGUGCAACAAUGGUUCCAAUAAGUUGGACAGAGAUGCAAUGCCCAUUAACAGCCCAAAUUGAGCACAGAAAGGUUGCUAAGGUUGGAGUUUGACAAGCUAAAAUCAAACUAAGCUACAGAGUCUCUCGAAAUCUGCCGUAUUUCCCCUUAUAUUUCUGAUAGGGGAAGUAUAGUUUAGGAAUUUAUGAUUAUUGUUUGGUACAAGCUUCAGUAGCACCUUCUAUACUUAUUUUUGUAAGUAUACUUAGGAAUCUGCCUAAAAUUGGUGCGGUUCUUGGGUGUAUCGACGUAUAAAAUCUAAUUUCAAUAUAAACUUUAUUACAACAUUCAUUUACAACAUUCA